GAUAUAAUAAGCUUAGACUCCAGUCGUUAAGAUCUCAGUCGGGGUUUAGUCUUCGCGUAGAAAAAUACUUACAUUUUGUGCCCAAAAGCGAGUCCAACACCAAAAUGUCAGUUCUUCAGCAGAAAAAGCAAAAACUAUUUCAAUUCAAGGGAGCGAUGGCUGCCGUCAUCACACCCUAUGAUAAGAACGGUGAAGUGGACGUCAAGCAAAUAGCCGGUUAUGUCAAGUAUUUGGUGGACAUCAAAGUGGACGGCGUCUACAUCAUCGGCACCACCGGCGAGGGCUAUAACCUGACGAACGACGAGCGCCUGGCGGUGGCGAAGGCCUGGCGUCAGGCACUGGACUCAUCCAAAGCCAAACUGUUGGCUGUGUUUAACGUGAGCUCCAAUUGCGUGAAAGAGGCACUGAAUCUGUCCAAACAAGUGGAAAGCCUUGGUUUCGAUGCCAUCGCUGUUUUGCCGCCCAUUUAUUACAGGCCGUCGACUGUCCAGCAAUGGGUCGACUCAUUGAAAAUCUUUGCAGAGGCGGCGCCCAAUACACCCCUCCUAUACUAUCACAUCCCGUCAAUGGCCGGGGAGUUUACAACCUGUUAG